AUGGUGCUUUUGCCGACCCGCGGUCACGGCCCUCUCACGCUCGCUCCGAACGUCGAGGUGGAGCGGCUGGGUUUCGGCACAUGGGCGUGGGGCAACAAGCUGCUCUGGGGCUACGACGAGGCCGCCGACCCCGUGUUGGAGGCUGCAUUCCGCCGUGCCGUGGCCGGCGCACCGCUCGUCGACCGGCGGCGCUUCUUCUUCGACACGGGCGACUCCUACGGGACGGGCGCGCGCGAGGGCCGCGCCGAGUCGUUGCUGGGCCGCUUUCGACGCGAAGCCCGAGCGCGGCGGCGCGUCGCCAUCGGCACAAAGCUGGCCGUCUACCCUUGGCGCCUACGAGGCGAGGACUUUGAGGAUGCGUGCCGCGCGUCGCUGCGCCGGAUGGGCGAGUCGCGCAUGGAGCUUGUGCAGGCGCAUUGGUCGGCGGCCAACUUCCAGCCGUGGCAGGAGCCGGCGCUAUGGGACGGGCUCGCGCGCUGCUAUGAGGCGGGGCUCGCGGGCGCCGUUGGCACGUCCAACUUCGGACCGAAGCAGCUGCGCAAGGCGAACGCGCAUUGGGCCUCGCGCGGCGUGCCGCACAGUGCGAACCAGGCGCAGCUCCACGUGCAACUCAGCCUGCUCUCGACGCUGCCGCUCGAGUCCGGCCUCCUCGAGGCUAGCAGCGAGCUGGGCGUGACUCCGAUCGGCUACUCUCCCCUCGCGCUGGGGCUGCUCUCAGGCAAGUACGACGCCGACAGUGUGCCCGCAGGCCCCCGCGGCGUGCUCUUUCGCCAGCUGGCGCCGGGGCUCGCACCGCUGCUUGACACUCUCCGCGAGGUGAGCCGCGCGCGCGGCAAGAGCGUCUCUCAGGUGGCCAUCAAUUGGGUCAUGUGCCAGGGCGCCGUGGUCAUCGUCGGGAUCCGAACGCCCGAGCAGGCGGCGGACAACCUGGGCGCCCUCGGCUGGCGGCUGAGCAAGGCGGAGCAGGACGCGCUCACCGAGGAGGCGCGGCGCGUGCCGAAGAAGGCGACGCAAAACAUCUUCCAGACCGCCUGA